AUCCGGACACUUGCUAUCGAACAGAGACAAGAGACAGACCGAAAACGAGAUUGCAGAGCAGUUCCGUACCAUCUACUACUCCGCUAUUCAACCAUCCCCAUCCACCCCCGUUCCGCUGAAAUCAGCCACCUCCCCUCCAGCCCUCCGACGACGACGACGCCGCCAUGCCGCCGGCCGGUAGGCUCACUGCGGACCAGCUCAGUUUCUUCGAUGCCAACGGGUACCUGGUGCUGGAGUCGUUCGCGAGCGCGGAGGAGGUGCAGGUGAUGCGGGACCGAAUGGCCGAGCUCGUUGAGGGUUUCGACGGCGCUGAAUCCAGUGUCUUCUCCACCAAGGACCAUCGGCAGUUGAAGGAUGAUUACUUCUUUAAGAGCGCGGAGAAUAUAUCUUUCUUCUUCGAGGAGAAGGCAUUUGGAGAUGAUGGAUGCUUGAGACAGCCAAAGGAACUUUCCAUUAAUAAAGUUGGGCAUGCAUUACAUGAACAUGACCCUGUGUUCAAAAAGUUUGCUUUCUCGGAAAAUGUUUCUAGCCUGUUCUCUUCUUUAGGGUACAAGAGACCUGCAGUUAUUCAAUCUAUGUACAUCUUUAAGCAACCAGGCAUUGGUGGUGAAGUGGUGCCGCACCAGGAUAAUACUUUCCUUUAUACAGAGCCUCUAUCUUGCACAGGAUUGUGGCUUGCUCUUGAAGAUGCAACGAUAACCAAUGGUUGCCUAUGGGCAAUCCCAGGAUCACAUAAAAAUGGUCUGAAAAGGCGAAUGAUCAGAGAUGAAAAUGGUACUCAUUUUGAUCGCCCCUCCCCAUCUUAUGAUCAGAAAGAAUUUGUACCACUGGAAGUAAAAUCUGGUGAUUUUGUUGUUAUUCACGGCGAUCUUAUACAUCAGAGUUUCGAGAAUCUUUCUCCAGUGUCAAGACAUGCACUGAGCUUACAUGUAGUUGAUACUGAAGGAUGUAAAUGGUCGAAGGACAACUGGAUACAGAGGAAAAGUGCACCUGAACCGCUUUAUGUAUCUUAGCUCAACCGGUUACUUAUAUUAUGGCAAUAAAAUGACAGAGCUCCAGCAAGCAGUUCCCAACGGUGGUGUCAACUGCUUAUCCCCGUAGUUUCAAAAAAAAAAAACUGCUUAUCCCCGUCGCACUGAAAUUUGGGAACGCUGCAGGGCAGUACUGGUCUUCUUUGCUUUCUUUCAGACGUGAACAGUGUAAAUAUUUGCUACCGUGUUUUCAUGGAUAUCUACUGUGCACCAAAUGAAGGGAGCUACACUUGACUAUUUGUUCAAGCCUGAAGUGAAUCCAACUUCCUUCAAAAUA